CAUGUGGGCGCCGGCGCCGUGGGCCGCAGCGUGGGGUCGCCAUGGCGGAGCUGCAGCAGCUCCGAGUGCAGGAGGCGAUCGACUCCAUGGUGAAGAGUCUGGAGAGAGAGAACAUCCGGAAGAUGCAGGGCAUCAUGUUCCGGUGCAGCGCCAGCUGUUGUGAGGACAGCCAGGCGUCCAUGCAGCAGGUGCACCAGUGCAUUGAGCGCUGCCACGCACCCCUGGCUCAAGCCCAGGCCCUGGUGACCAGCGAGUUGGAGAAGUUCCAGGACCGCCUGGCCCGGUGUACCAUGCAUUGCAAUGACAAAGCCAAAGACUCCAUGGAUGCAGGGAGUAAGGAGCUUCAGGUGAAGCAGCAGCUGGAGAGCUGUGUGACCAAGUGUGUGGAUGACCACAUGCAUCUCAUCCCAUCCAUGACCAAGAAGAUGAAGGAGUCUCUCUCAUCCAUUGCAAAAUAAAAGUCUUUGCCAGUGGCCAUUGGGAAUGAGGGCAGGAUGGGAAUUUGGGUCUUUUAAGUGAGGUUUUAGGAAUGAAGAAAUUAUGGAUGGCAGCAAGUUUAAGGAAUAUGUCACCUGGCUCUGAACUCUGAUUCUUUUAUAAGUUUUAAUCCUUAGGCAGUAAAAUGGGACAAACUGGUGCUGAAGUUUGGGUCGGAGGUAGCACAAGAGAGUUAUUUAGAGCCUAAAUUGUAUGUGGCAAAUGCUUAUCCUAGCAGUAAGUAUGUCCGUUGCUGUAUCAAGCCAGAGCCUUCCAGUGCACCAGAUUCUGCUUAUUACACAAGUACCAACAGACUGACAUGUUCCUCCAACCUGCCUAUGAGCUGGUGGAGCUUGAGGAGGGGUAUUUCUGUUUGUUGCCAACCUCCUGUUUACAAGAAGUAUCACCACCCCAUUUUCUGUAAGCUAUAAAACAAACCAGGAGAUCAGUAAUUCCGAAUCGGAAAACAGAUUUCUGGGUCUUUGUUUUGCUUAGUUUUGUUUUAUAUACAAGAGCCUGACAUUGAUUAAAAUGUCAAGUUGGGAGACAGGGUAGUUUGGAUGAAAACUUUGAAAGGCUCUUUGGCCAUCACCUGGUUGUCAAGAUGUGCUUUUCUUGAAAUGCUCACAUACUGCAUCUUUCAGCCUGGAGACCGUGCAAAAACGAGAGGCAGUGUCACACUGGCUAUGGGAAGCAGAGCUUCCUUCUCACUGGCUGCUAGGUGGCUUCUGAGGCUUUCUGCAGUAGAGUGACAGGACAAUCUUGCAAUGACACUGGCCUUUGAAGGAAAAGGGAAUUUUGAUUGUGAUAUAUACCGAUAUCUGAGAAUGCACGAUGAAAGAGAAACUGUUGGCUGCUUAAUUAAGAAAGUUGUACUGGAUUUGGAAAGACCUAGUUUUUCGUAUAACAGAAUGAAAUGAAGGCCUAAACCGAGCAUUACUUACUUCUUGUUGUUCGUGUUGUUGUUCGUUGCCACUGAGUUGACUCCAGCUCAUGGUAACUUUAUGUAUAACAAAACUAAAUGUUACCUGGUCCUGUGCCACCUUCAUGAUCACUGGUGUGUCUAAGUCCAUUAUUACAGCUGUUGUGGCAGUCUGCCUCGUUUUUGUUGGCCCUCUACCAAACAUAAUGUCCUUUACUAGUGAUUGGCCUGUCCUGAUGACAUGUCCAAUGUCUUGCUUAGCCCCCUGAAAUAACAGAGCCCUGUUAAGUCAAUGCCCUGGUGACAGGAAGGUCAAGGGAAAAAAGUAACUCAGGGGCUAGGGAGAGCUGUGACUCCUUUAGAGCAAAGGAGGGGCGGCCCCCCAUUACCAAAUACCAUUUUCUGCCCGAGGCCUCUGCAGUAUGCAGUGUUCCUGCUCCAGUGACACCUUAUCAUUUUGAUAAGGGCUUUGUCAUCUUUCUACCAACUUAUUACUUGAAGUGAUAAUGUAGCCUGUUUGCUGUUUCAAGGCUGUGAUAUAUUUUCCUAGUGGUUUAAUUAGAAAAAAUAAAUGAGGUUUAAUUUUCCCCACACUAUUGUGUUUCUUUCCUCAUAUCUAAGCAAUGAAUAUAUAACUUUCUCAGGGUGCUUCUCCUUGUAAUGUGUAAAGUAAGAGUUUUCUUAAGAUGCCCAGAAGAGUAGUAUUGAUUAUGUUUUAUGGCUGGGAUGCAGUUCUGUUUAAUUGUAAAUGGGGAAAACUUGGAGUGAAGGCUAGGGCACUAUGACUUGAAGCCCAUUAAUGGAAAAAAAAAAACCUCAGUAUCUAUGUGAGGUCUCUAGUUUCAACUAAACAGUAACAGCAAUGUGGAAAAGCUGCAAGCUCUGGCCCCUCUGGAGAAAAUUCAAUGUCUGGGAUUUGGAGUACCAAAAGAAUACAAAAUAUCUGAUGAGUUUAACUAAGUUCUUAUUAUAACUGGUAUUGCGGGAGAGCCAUUCGUGAACAUUAAGAAUUAAUUUUGGAGAACCAUCCCUACUUAGAAU